UCCUGUCUCACUCCCACUCUCCGUCUGCACAUCUGGAACGAUGGAUCAGUUCUGAGUGGAGCUGCAGGUUCAAGCAUUUGGACUUAAAAUCUGCUGUGCAAAAGCUGGACUUUAAUCUGAGUAUUGCAGGACGGAGAGCAGGUGUGUAGAGAAGAGUGUGAUCUGUUCCUCCAUCAAAGAAUCGCCUGGUUCGGAGGUUUGGCCAGACCAGACACACACACACACACACACACACACACACACAUUCGGGAGUGUGGGACUCUUUCUUGCCCAGAGGACAGUGUGUAUUGGGUGUGUUAGCGAUGAUCUGGAGGAGGUGUGUGUUAUGUGCACUUCUGCUUUGUUGGGCUCUCGUUCUUGGAGUCGAGCCUGAACACCAGCAGGAAGAACAACACACGGGGCAGAAGAAUAAAGGAACAGAGAGAACAGGAGACAGGAAGGGGAAUACGGUGCCGAUGUGUCCGGAUCAGUGUAGCUGCAUGGCUGAGGAAGCUGUCGACUGCGCCGGGGUCAAUUUAUCCGAGUUCCCACAAGAGCUACCAGAAAACACACGCCAGCUCUCUCUGCAGAAUAAUCAGAUCUCGGAGAUCAGAGCGGAGGAUCUCUCACAGCUCCUUCACCUGGAGACGCUCAACCUGCAGAACAAUCGGCUCACCACGGAGGGCCUUGAAGAUGAUGGGUUUGAAGCUCUGGAGCAGCUCAGUUACUUAUACUUGGCGAAUAACAAGCUCACGGCAGCACCCAGAUAUCUUCCACCAAAGCUGGUUAGCGCUGACUUCGCUGCAAACCAGCUCACCACGAUCUACCCCUACACGUUUGGCCAGAAACCGGGACUGAAGUCAGUGUACCUUCACAACAACAAGCUGUCCGACGCGGGUUUACCCGAGGGAAUGUUCAACGGUUCACACAACUUGGAGGUGUUAAUCCUCUCCAGCAACUUCCUGCGCUACGUCCCUAACGGCCUGCCAACUGCACUCUUCCGUCUUCAUUUAAAGAAUAACAGACUGGAGAAGAUUCCUACAGGUGCGUUCGAGAACCUGCCUCAUCUGAGAGAACUGUACCUGCAGAACAACCUCCUGAGCAACAGCGGCAUGGAUAACACCACUUUCAGUCAUCUGAGCAGACUGGAGUACCUGGACCUGUCCAACAACAAUCUGACUGCAGUACCUCUAGGUCUCCCUCGGACCCUGAUGCUGCUCCACCUGGAGAAAAACUACAUCACGUCUGUCAGGGUCGAUUCCCUCAGUGCAGUGAAGGAUCUUCAGUACCUGCUGCUUCAUCACAACCGGCUUCGUGCUCGCCACAUCCACCGCGACGCCUUCCGCGGUCUCAAGCGCCUCCACACGCUCCACCUGCACCACAACCUGCUGGAGCGAGUCCCUCUGGGCCUGCCGCGCCGCGCACACACUCUCGUGCUGCUCCGAAACUCCAUCAGUGAGAUCGGACGUGAUGAUCUCAGCACUCUUUACACGCUCAACGAGCUCAACCUGAGCUACAACCGCUUGACGAGCGAACGCCUCCAUCGCCACGCCUUCAGGAAACUGCGAGUGCUGGAAGUCCUGGAUCUUUCGGGGAACAAGCUGAGCACGUUGCCACUCGGGCUUCCGAAGAGCCUCCAUGUCCUCCGGGCGAAGGAUAAUCAGAUCGUCGAGCUGCCAGAGGGGGCGCUGACGGGCAUGAGCAAGCUGAAGGAGCUCCAUCUUUCUAAUAACCAGAUCAAACUGGGCUCCAUCUACCAGGGGGCGUGGCAGGAGCUUGGCUCUCUGACGACCCUUGAUCUGUCAAGUAACCUGCUGUCUCAUGUCCCUCCUGAUCUUCCUGAGUCUCUGGAGUUCCUACAUCUGCAGAACAACAAGAUCAGCAGCAUCUCUGCCACGGACUUCAUCAGUACCCCCAACAUCAAGAGCAUCUUCCUGAGGUUUAACCGUCUCUCCGCUCUCUCCGUGGCUGAGGACUCCUUCUCUCACCUGUCCAAGCUGCAGGUGUUGGACAUCGGACACGGAAACGUCACACCCCGCCGUAACCAUGGAGACGAGACAGAGGAAGACUACACGGAAAACGAGGAAGAAGCGGAGCAACCGAAAAAACGAUAAACUGAAGUGACCGUUAUAUAUAGAGUGUAGAUGAUACAGGUCAUGUGACUCUGAGCAUUAUUAAUCAUAUAAUUAAUGACUCUGAGUAUUAUUAUAAUAAUCACAGUCAUUAAUAUACAGUCACUACUAUUAUUAUAUAAUUAAUUACUGUGAAUAUUACUGAUGAUAUAAGAGUGUAGAUGAUGGAGGUCAUGUGACUCUGAGUGUUAUUAAUGAUAUAAGAGUGUAGAUGAUGGAGGUCAUGUGACUCUGAGUGUUAUUAAUGAUAUAAGAGUGUAGAUGAUGGAGGUCAUG